CUCAAAAAUCAUACAGUAGCGUAUAACCAAACAAACUAUACUAGUAGCUUUGUGAACAGUAGACCUCGCGCAGUAUUAAACCACAGUCUCUUCUAAAUACUGUUAAUCAGAGUAAAUUUUGUCGUGUCAGCGAGAUAUCAGUGUAUAAACGACUAAUGGCUGUUUAAGUUGUUGUAUCGACAAUGCUAAUAAUUUUAUGUAAACAGGUUAUGUAUUUGUGUUUACAAUGGCAGCUUCAGAUGAAAUAGAGGAUAUUCAAAAACUUUCUGGGCUAUUUGAUGAGGGAUGGGAUCUGUUUCAAAAAAUUAACGAUACAAAAGAGGCAACCAACAGUCUGAAUGUACAGAGAGACGUGAAACGCUGCAUGCAGAUUCUGGAGAAUGCGACACAGCUGACCAGCCUAGCGUCUGUGUUCAGUAGCAAUGAAUCAAUAGAAGAGAUAGCCACCAACGAUGUGAAGCUGCUGCUGCUGCCGGCGCUGCUGGGAUCGCUCACGCUCAACCUGUGCAACCGGGAACGCGAGCGCUCCGAAAUCGUACAAACCGCCGAAAUCUAUUUCCGUGAUUUUCUGCAGCGCUGCAAGGAUUACAGUGUUGGCGGUGAAUUUGAAAUUCCCGCGCCGCGACCAGUUGAUGACGUGGAAGAUGAUGCGCGCGCAGCCAACGAUGGCCGCCCGAAGCCGAUGUUCGACAUGGAGGGGGCCGCGCGCCGCCGUGCCUCCAAGAUCAAACAGUACCACGAGCAGAAGGCGCUCGACGCCGAAAUUGAGUCCAUGCGUCAGGCACUGAAAACUAGCGACAACGAGGAAAUGAAACGCAAGUACUACUUGAACGUGAUUCGAUCAUAUGUCUCGAAAGCACUCGAAGAUUUGGAUGCCCUGGAAGCCGAGAAACAAAUUCUGAAAUUCAUGGCGAAAGCGGUGAAGGACGGCGAGGUUCCGGCGCGGGAGGAGCGCCGCAAGGGCGGAAACCAUCCGCAGCCGAAGCCACUGCGCCCGAUCAUUAUCACCCGUGAUGAGGUGCAGAAGAAGGUGUUCGGUCUCGGCUACCCCAGUCUGCCCACCAUGACUGUGCAGGAGUUCUACGACAAGCGAGUGCGCGAUGGAGAUUUCCCAGAUCCUGGGCAAAUGAAGGAGCGUUGUUUGCAAGACAUUGCCUCCAAGGAGAACGCAAGGGACGCUGAAGAGGAGGAGCGCGCAGAGAAAGAGCGCAAAGAGGAGAGUGAUGAUGCAGAUUACUUGGCAAGAGCGAGACGCAUGGACGAAUACAAGGAUGAGCAUAGGAGAGGAGAAGGCAAUCGCUACAACAGGAGUUAAACUCAACACUUCCCUAUUUUAUUUUCUCAAAUCUAAUUUGUGCUACUUAACGGUGUUGCGAUAAGUAGUAUUACUGUGUAUACUUAUCUACGUAUUAUUUAUAAUAUGUUUGAAUUAAUAAUUCCUUUUAUAAAAAA